AUGUUAAAAGACAUCAAAAACGUAAUGAAUUCCAAAAGGUUGAACAGAGAUUCAAAAGUAUCACAUGCACUCGUUCAGGAUACAAGAACUGGAGAGGUCUACGAUGUGAAUACUGACAGUGACUUUCUCUUUGGACGCUUUCUGAAAUCCUCAAUAGUAAUUGAAGAACUAUACAUUUCUCGCUCUCACUCUACCAUUAGAUAUGAAAAUGAUAAAUUUCUCCUUAAGGACAACAACUCAUGCACAGGUACAUACUUGAAUUACAAAAAAAUUUCCAAGGAAGUUGUAUUACAAAAUGGAGACCUUAUCGCCUUUACGGAUAAGAGUAAGACCUGGGAUUUUGUAUACAAGUUUUGCUUAUUAUCAAAUCCUAAUAAGAAACUCAGAUUAGAAGAAGAAAAUUCUACUGUGGAGGAAAAUGACAAAUUAAAAAUCUCAAUAGAACAACUUGAGAAACAAGUAAAAGAAUUAAAAAUUGCUAAAACAAAUAUCGUCAAUGACUUUAAAGCUCAAAUGGAUGAAUUAAAAAAAUCGAUUGAUAAUGUAACAGGAUUAAAUAACAAGAUAAAUAAUGAAAUGAUUAAAGUACAAGAUUACAAUCGAGAGUUAAAUAAGGAUUUGACCAUUUAUCGCAGAAGAUGUAUGUUGCAGAAAGAAAUGUUGGACAAACAAAUUGUUAAAGAAGAAGACUCUGUGGAAACACUCAAAACUCAAAUUAAUAAACUCUUAGAAAAUGAUUUUCAAUGUGCUAUUUGUAAUGAAGUGGUCUUUCGGCCAAGUAUAGCCAAUUGUGCUCACACUUUCUGCGAUGGCUGUCUCAAAUCAUGGUUGGUUAGAAGCAAUCAUUGUCCUACUUGCCGAAGCGUUGUAAAUUCUACAACUUACUCUCUUUCUUUGAAUAAUUAUAUCACAAACCUAUGUGACCUUCUGGGUGGAACAAUAAAAGAACAACGUCUUGCUCUCCAAAGUGAAAGAAUUGGGCAUCCACCUCAAAUGGCUAAAAGAGGUAGAAAAAGGGCGGCAAAUCAAUCAACCCGCGGUAGAAGAGAACCACCGACAUAUGAAUUAAUUGAUGACGACCCUGCCAGAAAUAAUUCUAGAUUUACUACCGGGUCACAUAACGUUAUUGACAUUGUAGAUCUUACAAAUAAUACGUCUCGGUAA